UUUUUAUUGCUUAUGAAUAUGCAAAUAUUCACAUUAUAAAAAUAGCGAAUAUUAUAUAGUAGUAAAUAGUUGCACUUAGAAAAUGAGGUGCAUUCAUAAAUUUGCAGCUGCAGAAAAUAAGUGUCUAAAAGUUAACUGAAUUACAAUGAUUAAACUACUUUUAUUAGGUUUUUAUACGAGUUUAGUGUACUGUGAAUUAGGUAAAUAUUUUGUAUUGUAAUUCAAUAAUAUAAAUCAAUUUGUUUUUAGCUUCUUUCAUCAAGCCUUGUAGCAGAUCUUCUCCGGAUCUGAAUACUUGCAUUUUGAACAAUAUCAAAGCUUCGAAACCGUAUCUUCUGGAAGGUGUUCCGGAGCUUUCUUUGCCCAGUUUGAAGGUAAUCGAAAUUCCUUACGCCUUCACAGAGUUCAUGGGCUUCCAAUUCGGGAUUUGGAAUUACAAGCUGACCGGGCUUGAAGACAUCGAAGUGACGAAAGUCGAUGCGGAUUUGAGUAAUCAUAGAAUUUCGGCUGAAUUGUUGAUCACGCAUGGACAAGGUGUUGGUUCUUGUCAACUCAAAGGAGAUUUGUUCAAUUUGAAGUUGAACAGUACGGGACAUAUUUUUGUGAAUGGAACAAACGUUGUGGUAAACUAUACUAUACAUACGAAGAUCGUCGAGAAGCAAGGAGACUUCCACAUGCAAAUCAUUUCGCAGGAAGCCAAAGCUCACGUAAACGGAUCGUUUUUCAUUCACGUCGAGAAUUUGUAUAUGGGAAGUAAAUCGUUGACGCAGAGAAUGAACGAUAUUCUCAACGAAAACUAUCAUUACUUGUUUCACAUUUUGGAGCCGCUCUUGGGAAAUGCGUUGAUUUCAAAGAUCGGUCCCGGUUUGGAAAGUUUAUUUGAACGAUAUUCCUAUGAUGAAAUGUUUCCAUAAUAAUUUAUAGUAAAAUCUAUUAUUUUGUUUAUUUUAAA